GUUCACACCGGUCCCGUUUAGACGUUCGUCAACAUUUCGUGUUAGUCAGAGUUAGUUGUUUCACGGCAGGCUGUCAAACUCAAGAGAACAAAAUGCAACGAAUGAGAACCAUAGCCGGUCAUUUCGUAGCCCCAGCAGUGGGGGCAAAUAUAUCAACUCUGCAUCCAAAUGAUGUAAGUGCCCUGGCGUCUGCUGCUCUGUCUGGACCCGAUGAUGUUGUGAUCGUGUCGGCCAAACGAACACCAAUUUGUAAAGCUAGGCGAGGUUCCUUCAAGGAUACUGUUCCUGAUGCUCUGCUGGAAGCUGUCAUCACCAGGGUCUUGAAAGAAACUGGAAUAGAUCCCAAAUACAUAGGAGAUAUAGCUGUUGGCAAUGUAUUGGCAGAGGGGUCUGGGGCUGCAAUGGCUAGAAUGGCUCAGUUUAGAUGUGGGUUACCAGAGACAGUACCAUUACAUGGUGUUAAUAGAAUGUGUUCAUCUGGUCUGCAGGCUGUUAUGAACAUUGCUGCGGGUAUCAAAGCGGGUUUAUACGAUGCUGGCUUGGGUUGCGGGAUGGAAUCUAUGUCUGUAUAUAAACAAGGCAGCGAUACUAAUAUCAAUCCGAAGUCGUUUGAGUUUGACAAGGCACGUGACUGCAUGAUACCUAUGGGAAUUACGUCUGAGAAUGUCGCUGAACAGUAUGGCAUAACACGUGAAAUGCAGGACAAGAUGGGGUAUGAGUCACAGACGAAAGCAAAGAGAGCAAGGGACCUUGGGAAUUUCAAAGAAGAAAUUGUUCCAGUGACUACUACGGUUCUUGACAAAGAUGGUGAUUCUCAUGAAGUCACUGUGUCACAGGACGAGGGAAUUAGAGAUACCACAAUGGCAGGACUUACAAAACUCAGACCAGCUUUUAAAAAAGAUGGAACUACCACUGCAGGUAAUUCUAGUCAAGUGAGUGAUGGUGCAGCUGCUGUAUUAUUGAUGAAGAGAUCACUAGCUGAAAGGUUACGCUUACCAGUAUUAGGCCGAAUUAUAUCAUAUGCCGUGGCUGGAGUACCGCCAAGGGUCAUGGGAAUUGGCCCUGCAGAAGCCAUUCCAAAGGCUCUAGAGAAAGCAGGCCUGACAAUUAAUGAUAUUGAUGUCUUUGAAAUUAAUGAAGCAUUUGCAAGUCAGGCUACUUACUGUGUCCAGAAGCUUGGAAUACCCAUGGAGAAGGUCAACCCUAAUGGGGGCGCUAUUGCACUUGGUCAUCCACUUGGCUGUACUGGUGCCAGACAAGUACCAACAUUGCUGUAUGAACUUAAAAGGAGAAGAAAGAGAGCGUUUGGUGUGAUUUCAAUGUGUAUUGGUACUGGUAUGGGUGCUGCUGCCGUCUUGGAGUACCCUGGAACAGUCUAAAUGCUACAAACAUUUUCUCAAGCUAAACAACCUAGUAUCAAUGUCAAUGAGCGAUAAUGAAUAUAUAUAAUUUUUAACAAAUACUGUACUUUGGAUUUAUAUAACCAUUAAUUCUUUCAUGUAGAUUUUUAACUCAGUGCAAUAUAAUGAGGCCAGUAUAUAUAAAUCCACAACAGAUAUAUCUACUUGAAUUUGUAAAUACUGUACUGUGUUGCCAUAUUAAAGUUGUUCUAGAAUUUAUUUUUGGAAAUGGCUAACCAACAAGUUCAGGUUUCCCACAACUGAUGUUGUUUUACCACUCAGUGUUGUCAACUGCUGGUCUUCUAAAUAAAUACCAAUCAAGACAAA